CAACAACUUCUCUCUCUCACCCAGAGCGCCCUCCUGUGUGAUGCCGAGGGCCUAGCCACCGCAGAUCUGUCACCGUCCCAACAGAUCUCUUCUCACCAAACCCAGAAUGAGGAACACGCGGCCCCUCCUGCUGCCGCCAGUGCUGCUGGUGUGGUGCUUGCUGGCGGGAGUGGCGCAUGGCGGCUGGUUCGGGUACCACGAGUCGCCCGACACGCCCAACAUCAGGUACCUGGCGCAGUUCACGCCGCUGGAGUUCAUGAGGGACAUGAAGGCCCCGCCCAACGGCACGAGCAACAAUGCCACUCUGCCCUUGGUGACGGCCGCUGCUGGGCGGCUGUCGACGGCCACUGUCGAGACAAUGCCCUCGCUGAGUCAGGAGGGCAUCGCUGCGCAGGUCAGAUGAGGCUCACCGGACCACGCCACACCACACCACAUCUGUGUGUGCAUCUGUCCCAAGUGACUCUCUCUCUCUCUCUCUGUGUGUGUGUCUGUGUGUGUGUGUGUGCAGGUGGUGACGCUCGAGGCGUGCUCCGAGUAUGCCCCGCACUACCAUCCCCGAGCGGCCGAGCUGCUCAACGUCAUGGAUGACCCGGAGGGCAAGGGCCUGAUGGUGGGCUUCAUCGACGAGAAUGGCGGCAAGAAGGUCGUCAACGUGCUGAGGCAGGGGCAGGUGGCUCUCACCCCUGAAGCCCUCGUCCACUGGCAGGCCAACUUAGGCUGCGGCACUGUCGAGUACCUGGUCUUUUUGAACAACGAGGGUGCCUCACGCACAGAUACACACAUAGGGAGAGAGAGAGGGGGGGGGGGGAGAGAGAGAGAAUGGCAGAGGGACCCCUCUCCUCUAUGUAUUAUGGCUGAUAACUGUCCGUGUGUGUGUGUGUGUGCAGAUCCCGGCGAAGUGGCUUUGGCCCCGGCGCUUCUGUCGAUCCCCACCGCGCACAUUGAGACGGCCAUCCACAGCGACCUCGACAUCAUCGAGACCCUCCGCCGGGCGCAGCACAACCAGACUCAUGGGCUCGUCCAAGGCCUCGCCGACUGCCGCAAGAAAUGCCAGAUGGCCACACCUCGCCCGCCCUCUGGUAAGUAGCUUCACCGACACAAACACCAAACACACACACACGGAAAGGUAAUCGUCAUCCGCUCAACCUCCUCUCUCUCUCUCUCUCUCUCUCUCUCUCAGACGCCUUGCAAGUGCUGGGGUACUGCCCAGAGGGCGACCCUGGUAUCGACGGGCUCAGAAUGUGGCAGAGCGAGGUCAACAAGCAGGGCGGCGUGCAGGCGUCCGACGGCAGCCAGCACCGCAUCGACCUCACUGUCACGGAUAGCCCUCCGAGCAAUCCCUCCGAGUACAUCGCCGUGAUCUCCUGCAAGGGGAGCGAGGAGGAGAUUGGCCAGGCCAUGGGUGGGCAGAAGGUGGUCAACAUCGACUGUGGCGAGGGGCGGGAGAGGAGAGGCCGGAGUAGGUACUCCUACUCGGUGGUGCCGCCGCCCUCGGAGCGGCUUAUCCAGUUCAUGGACAAGGCUGCAAGCGCGCGCCUCGGCAAGAGCGUCAUAAUGGUGAGAUGACCUCCCCUCCCCUCCCCCACACACACGCCCCAUCGAGACACUCACUCUCGCUCCCCCCCUCUGUGUGUGUGUGUCUGUCAGGUGAUAGAGAAAGACGGAGAUGCAGCCGCACAGGAGGCCGCCUCGGCCUGCUCGGACACCGAGUCCCUGGCCCGCUUCGGCGCGUCCAUCCAGAAGCUCACCAUAACCAGCGCCGAAGCCUCCCCUCCGUCUGAGAAGCUCAUGUCCUUCCUGCAGGACAACCGCGGCGACAUCCUGGUGCUCUGCACGGGGGCGUCGGCCGCCGAGGAGAUCGUCGACAGGGUGAUUGCCACACCCUUCAACUACCAGGCUGUGGUGCUGACGGCGAGCGAUGUGGAUGCCGAGCGGAUGGCCGAGCGGUUUGGCAAUGAGGCCGAUGAGCUGUUUGCCCUGGCCUUCUGGCACCCUGCUCUGAGAUACAAGACGACCCUGUUUGCAGACCCCCAGUCCUUCGCCGACCUGCACGCAUCCCUCCCGACAAAGUCGUCUCAGAGGCCCACGCACAAGACGGCGGCCUGUGCGGCAGCGGGUGUGGCCCUGCAGCAGUCUUUGUCUGCGCUGCGGUCCCCCUCUCUGCUGAGGGAGGGCGGGGAGGUGCUGGCCAAUGAGCUGACGACCGAGGUCGGGGAUGUCCGUGUGGAGACGGUCUUCGGCCCAGUUAACUUCCAAAAAAGGUGAGCAGACAGACAGACAGACAGACAACGGUGUGAGCAUGAGUGACUGAGUGUGUGUAUGUGUGUAUGUUGGUGUGUCUCAGUCACAGCGAGCUGGAGCUCCCCGUGCUGCAGCUCUCGCAAGGCUCUCUUGACCCCGUCCUCCCCGCCAAGUACGCCGUUGGACAGCAUGUCCUGCCCGCCACAACCUGGGCCACCCGAGGCGGCUGCCCCCCCGGCACCAAGCAACAAGACGGCACCUGCACAGUCUGCCCACGCGACACAUACUCGUCGUCUCGCGACUCCCGCGAGUGCACGCCCUGUGGGGAGGGCACCACGAGCGAAGAGGGCAGUGCUGCGUGCGUCGAUGUGGCUGGCGGGGCGAUGAUGGGGGCGGUCAUCGGGGGGGUAGUGGGUGGGGUGGCGGUGCUGGUGGGGCUGUGCCUGGGGGGGUGGUUCGUGUGGCGGAGGAACAAGAAGGGGCCUAAAGGUCCGUUUGAGAAUUUACGUGAGUGUAGUCAGCUCAGCCACACAGACCCAACAGGCCCAACACAAUAAUGGGCCCACAACAACACGGUCCCACACAUCUCUCUCUCUCUCUCUGUGUGUGUGUGUGUGUGCUCAUAGCAGGCACAGCAAAGUCGCAUCAACAGACGGCUCAGCAGGAGAUUAUCGACCCCGAGAAGUACGCCAACGGCGUCUCGUCGACAGCCAUGACCGCCACGCCCAUCAACAUCAACAUACCCAGCCAAACCAGCAUGGGGUGAGGUGACCACACACACACAGAGAGACACCGACACACACAGGGCACAAACCGUUUCUCUGUGUGUGUCUGUGUUGUGUGGCAGUUCUGGUGGGACGCCGAGAGGUGUGGCCAACAUUCAGAUCCCCAGCGACCUGUCGGGCCUUAGUGGCGGUGAGAGCACGAGUAGAUCAGACAGACAGACAACGGCGUGAGCAUGAGUGUGUGUGUGUGUGUAGGUGCCGGUGGAGGCAGCAACGUGCCCCCGCUGAUGCCGCACCCCCGCAGCAGAGAGAACAGAGAGGCGGCUGGCGGGGGCAACCAGCGUCUCAACAUCAACUCUCUCGGAUCAGGUAAAGAAGGGCCAAACCCAACACACCAAACACACUCUGACGACCAUCCGACCUCUCUCUCUCUCUCUCCCUCUGUGUGUAUGUGUGUGUGUGCAGCUGGUGGCUACGCCAACACCAACAGCGAGGCAAGAAGCGACGGCUCGCGGGGCUCCAUGAGCAUCAACACGGAGUCGCUGCAGAGGUACGUCCCUCUGCAGUGGCUCCAGACGUACGUCUGUGUGUGUGCUUAAGCUGGCUCUGUGUGUGUGUCAUCUGUGUGUCGUGUGUGUGUGUUUGGCAGGGACUACAACUUCACCUGGAUCAAGCCCGAGGACAUUGAUUGCCAGUUUGACGAAGACGAGCUCAUCGGCCAGGGCGGCACGUGAGCAGAAGCACCCACACACACACACACACACACUCCAGCAACCGACGAACGACACACCGGAUGACACCUGCUUGCCCUCUCUCUCUCUGUGUGUGUGUGUGUGUUAGGUGUCCCGUGUACCUCGGCUCGUGGCAUGGCAACAAGGUGACCACACACACACACACACGCACACAGAGAGAGAGAGAGAGAGAGGGAGAGAGAGAGGGAGAGAAAGACGUCUGUGUGUGUGUGUGUGUGUGCCACACCCACUCAGGUGGCCAUCAAGCGGUUCCCUUCAAAGGUGGUGGAGAGCGGCGAUAUGAUGAAGACGUUCGUCACCGAGGUGGCCGCCUUUGAGACCUUCAGACACCCCAACAUCGUCAACUACUUCGGAUGCCAUCCUAAACGACCUUAUCUGUGGGCCACACACACACACAAACACACACUCUCUCUCUCGUCUGUGUGUCUCUCUGAAUCUCUCUCUCUCUCUCUGUGUGUGUGUGUGUGUGUCAGGAUUAUAAUGUCUUAUGCCAACGGCGGCAGUCUCUAUGAGCUGCUCCGCGACUCGCGGCAGAAACUGUCAUGGCGCGAGCGAAUCAGACUGCUGCUCGGCAUCUCGGCUGGCAUGACCGUACUGAGGGCACACACAUACACACACAGAGAGAGAGGGGCAGGGGCAGAUUCACAAACAAGACGCCCCUCUGUCUGUCUGUCUGUCUGUGUGCCUUUUGUCUGUCAGUAUCUCCACGGCGACUCGGCCACCAAGCGCCCCGUGUGCCAUGGCGACAUGAAGAGCGGCAAUGUGCUGCUGCACUGGGAGGGCAUGGAGCGCAUCGCCAAGCUGACCGACUUCGGCUUCAGCACCAUCAAGAUCGCCUCCUCCACCGCACAGAGCGUCAAGGGCUGCACUCUCAGAUGGGCCGCGCCGGUCAGACAGACGAAGAGAGACACACACAGAGACAGAGAGGGAGAGGGGCAAGAGGCACACACCACCAAAGGCAGCCACACGAAGAUCUGUUCUGUGUGUGUGUUGUGUGUCUCAGGAGAUAGUUGACAUGUCGACGGGCCGGACGACGGAGACGCUCAAGCAGGCCGACGUCUUCUCCUUCGCCGUCGUCAUGUACGAGGUGCUCACCCGACGGCUGCCCUACGCCGACCUCGACGACCUCGCUGUCAUCUUCUUUAUCCAGCAAGGAGGUAUUUGUUUCAUCUUUUCACACACACACACACACACAGACAGAGAGGGAGGGAGAGAAAGAUGGGCACACACAGGGAGAGGAAAUGGCGCACACAGACAGACAGACAGACACACGGACGGCCAAUCAGACAGCCAUAGAGACUGCAGCAUCACACGCCUCCCUCUCCCUCUCCCUCUCCCUCUCUGUGUGUGUGUUUAGGCCGCCCCACGACGCCCUACUUCAAGGACCGUCACGGCAACAACCACCCCCGCCACCCCGACGCCUAUUCCGUCCCAUCCGAGUGCCCCCAAGAGGUCGUGCAGCUCAUGGAGGAGUGCUGGCACGAGCAGGCCACCAAGCGGCCCAAGUUCCCGGAGAUCACGCGACGGCUGGAGGUGCGGUGGGUGGGCUGUGUCAAGUUGUAUCUGGUGGGUGGAUGGAUGUGUGUGUGUGUGUUUUUUUUUUUUUUGUGUGUGUGUGGUCCAGAGGAUUUUUAAGGACAUAGAGGCAGCAACUCCUGAGCGUCGCGUGACCUUGUCUGAGGCCGAAGCGGUCAGAGAGAGAGAGAGAGGAGCGUCUGUCUCUUUCUGUGGUUCAAUGCGUCCCCUCUCUCUCUCUCUGUGUGUGUGUGUGUGUGUGCAGGGUGGGUUGAUCAACACAAGCGCCCACGGCCAUCAGCCCAACAGCACCGCCAGCAACGACUCCAAGAACGACGUCUCUUCCGAAAUCCAAAAACGACUCGUAAGUGACCCUUGAGCAAACCACCACCCACCCCUGUGUGUGUGUGUGUGUGUGUUGGUCAGGCGCAGCAGGCAAUGGGCGACAGCGUGGUGUCCGGCGUGUCGGACGAUUCGAUGGGCCGCGACAGCUACCUGGGUCCUGGAGGGCUGCCGCCACCCGGCUCGUCGGCCGUGAGCAGCAACUCGCAGGGCAGAGAGCGGAAGGGCAGCAUUGGGAAGGGACGCUUUGAGGUAAUCAAUGCGGCUGUCUGCCCUCAUGGAUGGAUGGAUGGAGUGGCACACGCGGAGAGGGACGUGUGUGUGUGUGUUUGUCUGCAGACGGUGCACGAGCACGACGAGGAGGAAUGAUUGGUUGGUGGAGUGAGUGCAGCGGCCCCGCACACAUCGCAAUGCUUGCACGGCGCGAGUCAGCGGCGCUGUGCACCACACAGACAGACAGACAGACUGUAUAUCGUGUGUGUGGUGUUGUGUAUGUGCCCCUACCCCCCCCCCCGGUCCUCCGUCCGAGAAGAAGAAAACCUUUUUGGUUCUCUCUCUCUCUGUCUCUCUGUGUGUGCGUGUGUGUCGCCCGACAGAUAUUUAUACGUUCUGCCUACUGGCUGGCUCGGCUGCUGCUCGCUACUCGCCGUCUCUCUGUGUGUGUGUGUGUGAAGUGAAGUCAAUGUGCCUUACUGCCUGCCUGCCUGCCAUUGCCUUACCUCUCAUCGUUUUUAUCCAUCCAUCGAUCCAUCGCAUCUCUCUCUGUCUCUCUGUCUCUCUGUCUGUCGGGCUGUCGGGCUAUCUGGGUGUGUGUGUGUGUGAAUCGUCCGUCCAAUCGCUGAGUGCGCGAGAGAAAUGCGUGUUGAGAGAGAGGGAGAGGGAGGGAGGGAGUGAGUGAGGGAGAAGGCGGCACACAGCCCCGCCACCCGCCUCAUCCGUCUGUGUGUCUGUCUGUCGGACAAUACUCGACUUUAGUGAGUGAACGUGCAGCGUGUUGCCGUUGUUGUGAGACCCUACUCCCCUCCCCUCCCCUACCCUGUCGUCGAUCGGUCCUGCCUUCGUCGCCACCCUCCAUAGCAUUCACGCCGCAGAGCAGCCCCUCUUGCGGCGUGACUGCUCCGGGGGGCGGUGUGCCGAUGAAGGCCGGACCGGACGCCAGAGAGAGAGGGAGAGGGUGUCCACGAGUGGCGCCCAUUGUGCUUUAUUUAAUGGUGGUGGUCUGCAUGGCCGCCAUUCAAGGAGAGAGGGAGGGCAGGGCAGAGAGAAGUCGAUCGUGCUUCUGACGCCCCGCCCGUCCGUCUCCAUCUGUGUCAGUCCCCUCUGUGGCAGAAGAGAGUGACUAUAUUAUUAUGAGGGGGCGGCGUCGACGAGUGAGUGAGUGGUUCGGGCGAGAGAGGGGUGUGUGUGUCGUUGGUGCUCUGCUUUUCUUGCCAUGGCAUCCGAGUGGGACGGCUCGUGGCUUCCUGCCUGCCUGCCUGCACUGUGCAGGCACCUGUGUGUCUCCUGUCUCUGUAUCGCAGCGCCCCGUCCACCCCACCGACCAUCCAUAUCUCUGUGUGUGUGUGAGAGUGUACACUGACUGGCACGGCUGCAUUCAGGUUUUGUACGUUGAAUGCCUGCAAAGGAUGAUCGUGGACCCGAGCCCGCCCGGCCUGGCCUGGCUGGGUGUCCACAUGGCGGGGGUAGUUGUGGGAGGGGGCUCUCAGACAGACAGCUUUUUUCUCAGACAGCCGUUCUGCGCAUGCAUUAUAGAGGUGGGUCGGGUGAGUGAGUGGCGCGGGGGUGGUGUGUGUGUGUGUGUGAUGAUGAUCUAUGGGACAACAGGCAUCGCAGCUAAGGAGAGAGAUGCAGCAAUCAAAUCAACCGAAUUUGGUCACAACGAAGGAGAAAGCCUAGCAGGCGCAUGUGUAUGUUGAGCGUUAUUCUGGCAACAAAAACUCAAAUAUCGCGUAGAAGGGUUUCUGAUGAGGCUGUAGUUGGAUUUCUUGUGCUCUGCUCAGACCAUCCGAAGGGGAUGGUCUAGAUCAACACA